AUCCAGAGGGAGAGGCGGAAAUCUGAAUGCAACUGUCCUGCCUGAAGUUGAUCCCACGUCGCCUCUUGCGUGUAGAGCCUGUGAUUGGUUUGACUUUGCGAUCCUUCAUGGAUCUCAAACUUCUGGUUUCUUCCCUAAAUAAUUUUGCUUCACUCUCGCUGGCUGAAAGUUGGGACAAUGUGGGGCUGCUGGUUGAGCCGAGUCCUCCCCAUACCGUCAGUACCCUGUUUCUGACCAAUGACCUAACAGAGGAAGUGAUGGAGGAGGCGUUGCAGAAGAAAGCAGGUCUCAUUCUUUCCUACCACCCACCCAUUUUCCAGCCCCUUAAACGCAUAACCUGGAAAACCUGGAAAGAGCGUCUGGUGAUCCGAGCUCUGGAAAACAGAGUUGGCAUUUAUUCUCCCCAUACAGCCUAUGAUGCUGUACCUCAUGGAGUCAAUAAAUGGCUUGCCAAGGGACUUGGUGCCUGCAGCUCUGUUCCUCUGCAACCUGCUGUCGCUUCUGCUCACCCUACAGAGGGGUCUUACCGGGUUGAAUUUAGUGCCUGCUCUGCAGAAAACCUAGAAGCAGUUUUGUCCAGCUUGCGUGAGAUGUCAGAGGUGUCGCUCAUCACAACUCACCCUGUCAGGGUUGAGGGAGAAGAGCAGACACGAGUCAGCUUGAACUGUACCCAGCAAGCCUUGUUGCAAGUGAUGGCCUUACUUUCCCAGAACAGCCUUCUCUUCCAAAAGACUGAAAUCGUAUCAUUACAGAAGCCUCUACUUGAAGAUACUGGAAUGGGACGCUUAUGCACCCUGAAGGAGCCGGUUUCUUUAUCUGUCCUGAUUGAGCAAGUGAAAAGCCACUUAAAACUGUCUCAUGUUCGCCUAGCUCUUGGAGCAGGGAAAUCCUUAGAGUCCCAGGUGAAGGUGGUGGCGCUUUGUGCUGGUUCAGGAUCUAGUGUUUUGCGUGGCACAGAAAGUGAUCUCUAUCUCACAGGAGAGAUGUCCCACCAUGAUGUACUGGAUGCAGUUUCCAAGGGGAUAACGGUGAUUUUGUGUGAACACAGCAACACUGAACGAGGCUUUCUGGUGGAGCUGCAACAAGUGCUGGCUGCACACCUGGGGGACAAGAUCUAUGUCGUAGUUUCUGAGAGAGAUCGGGACCCCCUUCAGGUGGCAUAGAAGAAGACAAAGGCCACUGCACAAAGUCCAGAACACCAAAAGGUAUCCUGACAUAUAACAAAGACAAGAGGAAAAAUGGGCUAGAAGGAUACCGUCUGAUUUCUGAAAUGUUGGUGACAACCUGCCUGGAAAUGAAUAAACAGCUGGCUGACAAACCUA